AUGCUUGUAACAGGCGUGGACAUAAUCGAAAUUGAGCGCGUGAAGCGUGUGUACGCACAUUACGGCGAGCGCUUCCUGCGACGGAUAUACACGGACGCGGAGGCUGCGUACUGCCGGGGACGCGCGCCGCAGCUUGCGAGCCGAUUUGCGGCUAAGGAAGCGGUGAUGAAGCUGCUGGGCACGGGCGUUCGGGGAGUGCGCUGGCGGGAUAUCGAGGUUGUGCGCGGGCAGGGGGCAGGCGCCUUCGAUACGGCUGAGCGGCACGGCGACGGCGCGCGCGGAGCGUAUCGGAUUGACUGA